CAGAAAGGAAAAGCCAUGGCAAGAACCAAGCAGACCGCUCGUAAAUCUACUGGAGGCAAAGCUCCCAGGAAGCAGCUGGCCACCAAGGCUGCUCGUAAAAGCGCCCCGGCCACCGGCGGCGUGAAGAAGCCUCACCGUUACAGGCCCGGUACCGUGGCUCUGAGAGAGAUCCGUCGCUACCAGAAAUCCACGGAGCUGCUGAUCCGCAAGCUGCCCUUCCAGCGCCUGGUCAGAGAAAUCGCUCAGGACUUCAAGACCGACCUGCGCUUCCAGAGCUCCGCCGUCAUGGCUCUGCAGGAGGCCAGCGAGGCUUACCUGGUCGGUCUGUUCGAGGACACCAAUCUGUGCGCCAUCCACGCCAAGAGGGUCACCAUCAUGCCCAAAGACAUCCAGCUGGCCCGUCGCAUCCGCGGAGAGAGGGCUUAAACUGCUGCUGCUCUACACACCACAACGGCUCUUUUAAGAGCCACCAAAUCAUCCUAAAAGAGCAUUUCCUUUUUAUUCUUACUCCGUCUUAAACACGAAACGCACAAUCUGUAGGCCUACUUUGUAUGAAAUAUUAAAACAUAUGAGCUGAGCGUAACUGAAGGGGGGGGAGGAAACACCAAAGCUUGUAGGAAACCUCUGAACUUGCAGGCUGUAACAUUAUCACUCCGAUAAUAUUUACAGACCGUGAUCUGAAUGUGAAGUAGCCUAGUAUAAAAUCUCUACACACAUGUGUAAAGUGAUAUUUACAUAAAUACAAUGACGACAUAUUAAGUCCAUUCCGAAAAAAAUAUUAAAAUAAGCUGUAUUAUUAAUUUGUCGGUUAAGUACAUUAUAAUAAAGCGAAUUUUAUGUUGAGAUAAGCUGUGUUGGCUCAGGAGAGAACUUGUUCUUUAAAUAAGAAUAAUCAGAAUGUGGAAAAAAAAAACUGGUGAAUUACGAGUUAAAUUAAGAAUUGAACAGGUCACAUUUAUUACAGUUGAAUCCUGUUCAGUUGAACACUUUGAUCAGCAGAGGGAGAUAAAGCAGCAGCAGAAUAGUGCUGCAAGUUCCUCUCAGAACACACCACAGGUGAAUAGAGUAAAAAAUAAUAGAUAUCACCAUGAAACUUCCCCUGUUGAUUACUGACAUUAAGACUAAUCUUUUUUGUAUUGCAAUUUUUCUGAAAUGUUAUGUUUAAAUGUGCAAAAGAGGCAUUUAGGAGAAAAUCUACAGACACAAACAGACACCGUGUUGUAAAAUAAACAGCUGGCU